CACUGAAUACCAGCAGUAUGACUUCGGAGCCCACAUGACCUCAGACGGAUUCACUCCUAUUCUUGCCUAUGAACAGACAAUAGAAGGAUGCGAGGUAAGUAUGAAUGCAAUCCAAACACUCCAAGGUCUCCAGCUUUCUCCUGUCCCCUUUUACUUCAUUAUUAAAUGGACUGACUGGUUCAACCUCCAUCCCAGAAAUGGUGGUGGUGCCUCCCUCCACUGUCCCAGAAGAAGAGGAGCUCAUGGAAUGGACAUCUGAUCUGGACUGCAGGGGUGGUGGGGGGUGGGCCAGCAGGGGUGCUUUCCUCCCUGCAGAGUAUGAGUCUGAGACACAUGGAGAAUAUGCCUUUCCACCACUCAAGUCCUCCAGGAGCACAGAGAACAUCCUGGAAGCCAUGGAUCUUCUACUCAACAAUAGUUCUCUUCCUAUUACUUUGUUCCCUCGGCACCCUGGUCUGCACUCUUCUCCCAUUCAAGACUGGCAAUGAACACUGUGCAGCUAAGUUUGGACCAUUACCUUCAAGAUGGCAAAUGACACCUCAUGAGCCUCCUUGUGUAAAUCAGGUAGCUGACUGGAAGCUGGAGAUACUUCACAGUGGCUUGUAUUUAACUUACGUCCAGGUGGCUCCCAAUACAGCCUACAAGGAACCAGCUCCCUUCGAGGUGCGGCUAUAUAAAAAUGAAGGCAUCCUACAGACUCUGACAAACAAUGCUACAAUCCAAAAUGUAGGAGGGAUUUAUGAAUUCCAUGCUGGAGAUAUAAUAGACUUGCUCUUCAACUCUGAAAAUCAGGUUCUAAAAAAUAAUACAUACUGGGGGCUCUAUCUGAUAGGAACCCCCCAAUUCGUCUCCUAGAGCCUUGAAUUGGUCUCCUCAUCCUCUUCAGCAUACGCAGAGAUGCUGGUGGGUGGCUGGGAGGAGGCAGAUUUUCAAGGCCUACCGUUUGUCUGGGUACAUAAAUCAACACAACAAACAGAACUACUCUGCCUGUGAAUUUUCAUCUCUCACUCUUGUUCGAAAGAGGCUCGGAGGAAGGGCCAACGACAUUUGGUUACCCCGGACACUGGGUUGGCAAAGACACGACCAAUCCAUGAUAAAAAUGAAUAUGGGUGGCUAGGGGGCAGAACUUCUCAAAGAGUCUUUAUCUAAUCUUUGAAUCCAUGGGUGGAAAAAUGAGGUCUUAUUCCUGUGGGAGUCUUACCUGUAUGCAAAAACAAUCCUGGACAAUGGCCCUGCCUUGCUCUCAAAUUCUUGGGUUGUUUCCCUUCACUCUUCCCAUCUUCUGAGGCCCUCCUAAUAAAAACAGUGAGACUGGUAGGGUGCCUAUAGAUACGCCAAUCACACUCCACUUUAGAUGUGAUGCUAUUAGAGGAUGGAGAACACUCUAGGGAACUAUUGGGACACAGGCCCAGGUGGCAUGGAAUGGAAUGCACUUUAUUUGGGAAUUUCCCUUGAUUUCAUUGUGCUCAGGAUGCAGGAUGCUUUAUAAAGCCAGUAGGUCGAAUGGGUAAUUCUGAACCUUCACAUAGGGCUUUGCGAGAACUCAUUGUUUAUGGGUCUAAACACUAUUAAUGGUAAAAGUAGAGUAAGCAUUAGUCAUCACAAGAUGUCACGCCAGAAAUUGAUGUUACCAGUGCUGUAUAAUGCUGUGGAAGGAUUUCCUAGUUUUAGCUGGCUCUCCAUAGUUCACAAAGUGCUUUCAUAUAUCACUUGGCAAUUCCAUAAAGUUAAUGGGGCAGAUACUUGAGGCACAAUUUUACCAAUGAGAAUAUGAAGGCAGAUGGAACAUAGAUAAACUGUCUUAACCCACAGAACUAGUGAUGAAUAGGACCGAUGGGCUUCCCACCCUAUCACACUAUCUCAGCUUUAGAGUUGGUAUUUCUGCCAUCACAUUAUACAUCUAUGAGGUUUAGUAGACUGAGUUUUCAGAAGGUGUUACUCCCUUUCAGCCCAAGGUGGAUGGAGAGAAGCCAUAACAGAUCUCUCCUUGCUCAGCAAACUUCUUUUCUUCUCCCUGCCUGGAGUAGGGAGCACACGGGUGUUUCUCAGGGCUUACUCCAACCAAAUCACCUUCGUCACUUGGCAGAGGUCAAAUAUGUUAACUUCUAAAUAUCCAAGUCAAUGACAGCCUACUAAGAUUUGGGACUCUGUUAAAUUAAUAAGCUGCUUGUGGAUUCUUGUUGAAAGCUAUACAAUAUGAUUACAUGUUAACCCGAUUUCAAAUAUUUAUGGAUAUUUGU